AUGCUUGCUGAGGCAUUUGGCAAGUAUGACCACCAUUUACGAAGUUUAACAAACGAUUCUCAACAACAGCUGCAACAGAAUUAUUUUCUUCUUGUGCGAAACUCUCCCCAGAAUCCAAAACCUAUUGGGAAUUUUACCGAAGAGGGAGGGUUCUACCUUGAUAAAUCAGAACUUACAAUCAGAACUUCAUCCUGUGCAAGUAUAUGCACCAAUUGUAUUCAACAGGUGCGGCGAGAUUACGACUUUUUCGUCAAAGAAGGGGAUGUUUAUAUCUUAGCCUUGAUGAAACUACACAACAGAGCCAAAGACCCUUCGGACAAAUAUGGGUGCGGAGAGUACGAUACCGUCUCCAACCCUUACCCUCAAGUGGAAGCUCUGCUCUUCGCUUUGGAAGAAAUGUCCAACAAGACGGGGAUCAACUUCGGGGCGAUAGUGUAUGACGCAUGUGACAGUUCUGUCAGAUUGACGAAUAUGCUUGGCAACUUUUUCAACAACGAGACGGGAGAUCCACAUUUUGCGUUGACCGUCAGGGGUAAGCCGCUGGAUAUCAACAAAGUUGUUGGGUGUAUUGGCGCCUUCACGAGCACGGACACACUGACCGCUGCAGCGUUCUUGACUCAUAUGAAGCGUAUUUUGGUCAGCUAUUCCGCAUCCAGUACCCUCUUAGACGACAGAAAGCGAUUCCCAUACUUCCUACGAACUCUACCAUCUGACAGCAAGCAAGCUAAAGCCAUUGUAGAUAUCAUCAAACAUUUAAAAUCUAAUUAUGUUCAUCUCGUGCACGUAGACAACGACUACGGGCGCACGGGGGCCUCGGCGUUCAAAGACCUUGCCCAAGAGAAUGGUAUUUGUAUAACUCAGUCUACUCCCAAAAUCCUUGACUUAGACGGGGGAAAUGCCAUUGGGAUCGCUGGGCAAUUAUUAGACUCAAACGAUGCCAAUAUUGUUGUAUUCUUUGGUGAAGAUGAUCACGCCAUUAAUUUCCUGUCCGGACUUAAGCAAGUCACAAGGGACAUCAUGAGACAAUUUGUGUUCAUUUUCUCCGAAGCCAUCGCAGACGGGGAAGCCGAAAUUCGGCGACAAUUCCCUGAUCUUGUAUUAGGCUCCAUAUCGCUAAACGUGGACAAUCAGCACAGGUGGCACACGUCAUUUUACAACUACCUUUCCAAAAAGACUCCCGACUUCUCAGCUAAUCCAAUAUGGUUUAACGAAUUCUGGGAGCAUAAUUUUCAAUGUAGUCUGAAGAACAGUUUCUCUAAAGACCGUAGUCUUUGUACGGGCAAUGAACGCAUUGCUGAAGCAUCGGUGAUGACAGGAAAUCCAUGGGUUCCGCCAAUAAUAACCGCGGCGCUGGCGCUAACGCAGGGUCUGUCCGAGCUUCAGUGCCUUACCCCCCUCUCCCAGUGCGCCGUAGAGGACAUAGUAUCCAGCGUCGCGGGCACGACGCUGCAGUCGGAGCAGGCCACGUCCUUCAGGCCGUUUGACGACAAUGGGAAUGGACUCAUCGGAUACAAAAUAUUUAGCUUUCAGAAAAACUCAAGUGGAACCAUAUACAAAGAGGUUGGUUCUAUAUCCCCCAAUGGCUCACUAGUUGGUCUCGAGGGCAACGUAUUUUACGCCAAAAAUGGUGACGUCAACAGCGACUUCCAAUCCACUUGUCAGGGCGCGGUUAAAGGCUGUGACUUUUGCGUAGUGAAUGAUGGAGAGAAAGAAGAAGGACAAGAAGGGCUUGUUACAGCCCUGGUACUGGUGUCUGUGGUGCUUGCAGUAGGCCUCGUGGCUGUGGCUGUGUUUUUGUAUACUCGGUACAAAAACGACAACUGCCAAGUGAUAGCAAGGAGUUGUCUGGUCAUCCAUCGCCCAACAUCCUCAUCCUUCAAACAAAAUGGUGUUCUUCACAACGAGACUCAAUCGCAAACGCCCAUCCAAACGACAACACAAGAUGACGCCGAUAUAGACUCCAUCUACACGACGCCCGUGUCCGAUAAUUUCAAUCGACUGGGUUUAUUUUUUGGCCUUACUUCCAGCAGCGUGGACGGGAGCACAAGGAGUGCUGAUUCUGACGUGGGUGCUGCCAAUUACGGCCCUCCCCUACCAAAACGCAAUAGCGAAAAUGGCGGGCGGGGCCGAGCAAGCACUAUGCCUUCAAGGUCGAUCUCCUUGCCGCCAAAAGCGAUGCGAUCGUCUGCCGAUGAUUCCGAAGUUGAAUCAGAACCUGCGUAUUUACAGAUGAACAGAUCGGAACCGGGAUUUCCCAUCAAACGCCAGCGUCCGGCAGCAAGAGAUCCCUUGUCAGGUCUUGCCACUUUACCUAGAAAUAACAGAAACAGACAUCUUCAAAGAAAUACUCCAGACCGGGAUAGUUUAGAGAUGUAUCGCCAUUCUGAAAGUGUCCAUUAUCACUCCUCUCCCUUGAUUGACCAAUCACCGCCGGUCUCUCAACAGAAAAGUCGUCCAUCAGACUCGGAACCGGUUCAGUACAGUACCUUGUCCAUUCCCAGCACAAACGCGUACACUUCACCCCCGCGCGCCAGCGCACCAAGACCUACAGCUCUCUACUACCCGUCAAGUGACCGUCAUCACACGUCUGGGGAGUCUGGCUCCAGCGGGCGUCUGUCCCCCAUUCUUCCUAAACCCCAAGGGAACGCUGCCGUACCGUCACACUAUGACCCGUACCCGUAUUCGUAUGUUAACAAUGCCUAUAGCCCAGAGCCCGCACCUCAGGGGGACGACGGAAGUAAAAGCAUUAGUUCCGUAAUUCAGUAUGAGAAUCCGACUCCGAAUUUACGUCGUCACGCGGCCGGCAUGAUACCAAACUGGUUGGAGUCGCAAACUGAUGGACUCAGGUCCAAAUAUGUGUGAUAUGCAUACAUAUACCAGUACAAGGCAGCGUAAGCGUUUAGCUGCGAGCUCAGCUAUCGACUUCUCAAGUCUUGUAGUCCAGUAUGUUCCUAGCGUCUCACGUAAGGAGGAUAUCAAACGAUUUUCUAAGUUAGCGAAGGGGUGGCGGUGACCCAGUGGCGAGAAACUUAGGAAGCUGGCAGCUCAGCUGAUAUCUCAUAGUGCGAACUGGACACGUGGUAAUAUCUUUAUCAUUGUGUGCUUAUCAUGUGAAAAUAUGUACAUCUUCAUGUAUAAUCUACAAACAGAAAUAUUUAUCAUGGACGAUAUAAGUUUGUAAUAAGCACAGUUAAUGUUCUUAUUUAAUGGUACGAAACUCUGUAAAAAGUAUAUGAUAUUCUGUUAAUGUAUUCCACCAAACGUGUGAAUCACUGUAUCUUUUAUUUGCUCAAUGAUUAGCUCAUCUGCAUGUUCUUAAAUCCUUCUUGGAUACAGUUUUUUUUUAUGUCAGCAACUAUGGAAUGGGCGAUAGUGCAGCAUACAGAAAUUCGAUCGUGUAUAUUCACCCUACGUGCAGCUGUCAACUGGGAUUUUCACUGCUAUUACCUCUGCCAUUUAUUAAGUGAUCAUUGUUAUUUGUGCAUUUUUUCUUGGUCUUUAAUAAUUUUCAAAUUCAUUUGGUUUUUCACGCAAAGUCUCUUGAAGAUUCUUAUAAUGCAAGACAUGAACAAUUUGUCGAAAUUGAUGAAGUGUGAAAAGAAAAAGCAUAAUAUUGUUUAUUAUUUCAUUUAUAUACUCUGUGUUUAUAAUUGUUGAAAGUCACUUUUUGAUUUUUUUCCAUUUUCCAUUUAUUUACUUUAAUUUAAUUUCACCUCACUUCACAAUGCUUGAUGAGGCAUUUGGCAAGGUAUCUUGUGCACGUGCGUCCACUGUGUGGGCGUGCGCAUGUGUGCACGUAGAACACGCGUGUUUGUAUAUGGUUACCUAUAUAUGUAUAUAUCUCAUAAUGUAUAUUAUAUACAACGGGAAUAUCAUGAUAUGAUGUGAUGUAUAGUGUAAAAUAUAGACAAUAUUUUGAUGAA